UGUCCAUCUGUGGGCCGACUGUCAUUCAUGUUGUUCUGAAUUAGCUUGUUGAAAAAAUAUUAUAGUAAUUGUAUUUCGGUAUUCUUUAAGCACAGUAUAAUUAAGAGUACUAUCGUCUUAAGUGUAAUUUUGGUUAUCACGAAAUAUGCAUAGAAAUUUGCCACAAAACAAAGAAGCGUUAUUGAAAUCCUACACUACUCGGCUCAAAGAAGAUGUAAAGAGUAUGCUCGAUAAUUUUGAAGAGAUAAUAAAAUUGGCUAAAGGAGAAAAUGAGUCUCAAUUGAACAGGAUGACUCAAAUAGAACAAGAUACUUUUGAAAUGCAAGUCAGAGCUGCAAAUAUUGUACGUGCUGGUGAAUCCCUUAUGAAACUGGUGUCUGAUAUAAAGCAAUACCUCAUAUUAAAUGACUUUCCAUCAGUUAAUGAAGCUAUAACUCAGAACUCAAAACUCUUCAGGACUAAGCAGCAAGAGUGUGACCAGAAACUGAUGUCCUUACGAGAUGAUAUUGCUGCUGACCUAUAUGACCUAGAGGAUGAAUAUUUUACUAGUAUAUAUAAAUAAUUUAUUUUAAUGUAAUUGAUAAGAGACUACAUAAUUAUAAAUCAUUACCUUAUAA